GUGGUUUGCCUAUUCCUUCAUGGUGAAAUGCCUCAUCACCCUCUCCACAGCUGGGCUGUUGAUCCUGAUCCUUGCUUUUCAAAUCAAAGAGAUCCAGCUCUUCAUGCUAGAUAACUCCGUGACGGACUGGCGAAUUGCAGUCAGUGCUCCAAAGCUGUGCCUGAUUGGGCUGGAGCUUUUGGUUUGCUCCCUUCAUCCUUUCCCAAUGGGAGAUUUCCCCUGCCUGGAUCCCAAGCCUGAGCAAACCUUCCUGUUCCUUUCCGACAUCGACAUGCUGCUAUCGCUGCUCAUGUUCCUCCGUCUCUACCUUGUGCCUCGGGCAGUGCUGCUGCGGAGCAGUGUGUUGGGAGAUGCCUCCUAUCGCAGCAUCGGAUCCCUCAACAAGAUCCACUUCCAGUACCCUUUUGUGCUGCGGGUGAUGGUGAACAGCCAGCCAGGCCGGGUGCUGCUCAUCUUUACCAUAGGACUCUGGCUCAUUGCCUUCUGGGUGCUGUCAGUCUGCGAACGGCAGCAUAUGGAUGAGAAUGAGUACCUGGGUGGAACAUUUUGGUUGAUCCCCAUCACUUUUCUAACCAUUGGCUAUGGAGACGUUGUGCCAGUUACUAUAUGUGGGAAGGUGGUGUGUCUCUUCACUGGAGUUAUGGGGGUGGGCUGCACAGCACUUUUGGUAGCCGUUGCAGCGGAUAAACUGGAGUUCACCAGAGCUGAGAAACACGUUCAUAACUUUAUGAUGGACAUUCAGUGUGCUAAAGAGAUGAAAUGCUCUGCUGCCAACGUGCUGCAAGAAGCUUGGAUGUUAUACAAACACACCAAGAGGAAGGAUGGACGAAGAGCACGCAAACACCACCGGAGGCUGCUGGCAGCCAUCCAUAUGUUUCGGCAGGUUAGGAUGAAGCACCGGAAGAUCCGAGAUCGAGUCAACACCAUGGUGGAUAUUUCUAAGAUGCAGAUGAUCAUGUGUGAUCUCAGCUCGAACCUUAGCAACUCCCACCAUGAGCUGGAGAAGAGGAUCGAGUCCCUGGACAGAAAACUGGAUGAGAUGACCAAGUUGCUUUCACUCCUUGUGGAGUCCAAGCAUCAGAAGGCACAGCCGGUGUCCUAAUUCCUCCAAACUAGGUGGCUCAAGAGAUGAUGCUGAUCUUGUCCACUGCCUGGGGUUUCAUCACAACGGUGGAGAAACUUUGAAAACACUACUGCCACUAUAGGAUCAAGCAGUGUGUAAGGCAUGCUAUGGGACUACACCUCCAUCUUGCGGCAAAGGCGAAUCACUACAGACAUUUUGCCAACUGUGCUGUUAUCAUCACCCAAUAGCAAAGGGUGAAGACCAGCGCUCUGAAUUUUAUUCUCCAUGGAAAGACUUCUCGUGCCUCUGGAAGAAUUGUGCGGAGAUAUGCAAGCUUUGUUGCGGGGGAUCCUGGAUGGAAAUCAAAGCCAUAACAUCCACUCCUCUUACAGGCUUUUGAGCUACACACACACAUAAAAAAAGAGCUAUGGUAACAAAACGUUACAGAUAGGAAAUAGCGAGAAAUGUACUUGAUUAGCGGAAGAAAGGCUCAGAGCCAUGGAAUGCAAAGGCCUUGCCCUUUUUUCCCCUUUGGCAGAAGUAACGUCUUCCAUUUUGGGCAGGACUCAAAUCUGCAGGAAGCAGUUGGUUGGUAACUGUUGUGCAGGAUCUUGAAGGUGACGGUGAAGGAGGAUUCCACCCUCUGAAAUCUUGGCUUGGGUCAUCUCUAGCAAGUUACAGGUGCCUCUGAACCAGGAAACUUCUCUGUAUACUGGGAAAGGAGUCUUGUUUUGGAGAAAAGCAUGUUCAUAGUAUUUAACGCUCCUUUAAAUGACUAGUACAGGUGACCAGAUUGGCUACAGAAAACAGGUGGGCCUAUGGAGUAUCAGCCAGCCUGCAGUAUCAUUUGCUAUAGAGGAUGGUUAAAAUGUGCCUUAAACAGUAUAGUUAGAAACACAAAUGGCAAAGAAAAAGCAAUACCAAGAAUGAGGAGGAUCUUAAGUACUCAGAUUGCAGUCUGAAGAUCUUAGCACAACUCCAGUUCAAACAGAAGAGCUGAGAAGGGCUUUUUUUUUUUGAUGCGCAGCACUAUGGCACUUUACUGGAUACUGUGUAAGGUGGACCAAUAGUUUGAGUCAGUUUGAAGUCACUUUUUCUAACCAUUUCUCAAACAGGGAUUGGAAUGGUGAGUUAUGUAGCUCAGGAACAUCUCCAGGCAUCUCAUAAGUGCUGGAAACCCUGGAACUGAUUUAUUGAUAUAAGACAGACAAGCCAUGGAUAUGGGGCUUGUUUAAGAUUCGAUGGCAGAAAAUUAAGGAAUUUCCCAACUUUUGGUCUAUCAGGUUAAUGCUGUCCUUCUCAAUCUAGGACUCUUCAGCUACAUUAAACUAGAACUCCCAAAAUGUAUCAGUAAACUGGCUAGAGGGAGUUGCAAUCUUAAUACAUCUGGAGCAGUGGCAGCUGGAAGUUUCCACACAAGAGGGGCAAUGAACCCAUUCUAAAGUUUGCCUAAAUGUAAAAAAGAAUAUUCAAGAGGUUGAAUGCUAUUCCCCCCAAAUAAGUUCAACAUCUCAGAUAGUUCCUUAAACUCUAAACUGAAUGUAUUCACCACCCCACUGACACAUGCAUCAGCUGCUACUGAUCUGGAGGAUGUCAAGUUGGGAAGGGCUACUAAGACUAGCAGCUCCCAUUCUUUGGCCCUCCAAGGGGCUUGGACUCCAUAACCAUUGGCCAUGCUGACUGAAGGUGCUGCAAGUCCAAACUUUGGGAACCACAGCUAUAGGGAGGACUGCUUUUGCCAGAGAGAAGGGAUGGAAGAGCUUUGCACUAACAAAUGUUUAGAUUACAGCUCCCCCGGUUCUUAUCCCUGGCUGUGCCUGUGGCAUCUGACAAACCUUGUGGGGCAAAACUCUGGGAGUAAAUAGGCUUUUGGUCCUUGGCCAAGACAGUAUAGUUGGAGCAGAGCAGGUCUGGGUGGCGGCUUUUAGCACCCCGUUCUCUUUGAAGAACUGGCUGCAUUCAACUGUGGUCUGAACGGCAGGUCCUGUUGAGCAAGGAAUCUUCAGGGCAAACUCUUGACCACCCCGUGUGGUACCUUUUUGAUGAACAGUAAAGAUUUACUAUACCCUUCAUCAGCAAUGGAAUCCUCUUAUACAAUAGGUUCACAUCCUGAUAACACAUAUGGCUUUUCUGAUUUGGCACAGGCUAGCCAGCAUGGGGUAGUGGAAACUCUGGAAACCAAAGUUCAAAUCCUCACUCAGCCAUGGAAACCUAUUGGGUGAUUGUACGCAAGUCACACUCUUUCAGCAUCAGAGAUGCACUGGCAAAAAACCCUCUGAACAAUUCUUGCCAAAAGAACCCUGUGACAGUCUUGCGUUAUGGUUGCCAUCAGUCAGAAACGUUUUGAAGGCACACAACAAAGUCCAGUGUACAAGUAGACCCAUCUACCUCACAGGGUGGCUGCCAGGAUAAAGGACUGAGCCCUUCAGGAUGGAAAACCAGGCCAAUAAAAACACAUUUCUAUGCAGUUUUUGCACUUCCACUGCAGAAGCCAAAGAAAGAGAAGGCAUCCGGGGGCAGGAUUUAUGACAUGUUCCACCCAUGAGCAGAUGAGGGAAUGAUCUCCCUAACACAUCAAAUCUAUUACAAGCCCUACAAAACAGCUGAUAAAAAGUGACAUGUUGGGAGCAGCAGAGACUUGCAACACAACAGAUGACAAAGUAAAUGGAAACAACAGACCAGAGUUGAGGAACUGCUGGGCUUCCAGUUAUUUAACUCUGACAGGAGUUGUAGUUCUUCCAUAUCUAAAGUGCCCCUGGUUUUCCAUCAAAGUUCUAGAUGCAGAGAGAAAAACCUCAGCAGAUAAAGAAAACCUCCAUCUACAAGCACAAUAUACUUCUGAACAGAAGACUUUUCAUACCCAUUCAGGGUUUGUCUGGUAGCUGCUGCUUGAAACCCAAAUGUUAAUGUAAUAAGACUUUUGACUGGAGUGAGGAAGGCAAUCUUUCACUUUCUCCUGAGAAUGAGCCUUUAAAACAGGUUCAUAAUUCGCGCUUUCAGUUGUUUGUUGUCAGCCAUGACUAAAGAAAGGCUUAAUCAAUCUCUUCUCAGGGUGCUUCCAGCAAAGACAAUGAUGAUUUCAGAAAGCAGAGCACAGACAGGCUCUGGGAUGUUUUCAUAUGCUGUGGCUGCACAUGAGUCACUUUGUAGAAAGCACAUAAUCUUAGAGUUGCCAGUUAAUUUUUUUUUCCUGGCAAGGUCCCUGUAUCUUUAAUAGCUGCAUUACUGUUAUUGGGCAUGGAGAAGUAGUAAUAGGAAAUGCUUCACCUUCUCAAAUCAGCCCCCAUUGCUUUUCAGGGCACAUGAGCACUGCUAGGAAAAAAAAGCUGGCAACCCUGACUUUUCCUAUGCAGAAAUAUGUAAGGUACAGAAGAACCUUACAACCUUAAUGGUUGUCACCCCAUUAGCCUAUUAAAUGUAGAUGGCCAUAGUCUAAUCAAAUCUGCAUUAAUUUGCACAUUGGACAAUGGAAUGAAUCCAGGCUAACUUAGCUGAGUUCAGUUACUGCUGAAAUCGGGCCAUACUAUGACUGAAGUUGACCCACCUAUUUUCAACAGGAGUAACAUACAUUGAACUUAGUCUGGAGCCAGCCUAAUAGUUAAAGUGAAACACAUGCAUAACUUCUUUUUUAGAAGAUGGGCACAUAUUAAUAUUGCAACAGGAGUCAUGAGAGCAGGGGUGGAGAAUCUGUGAUCUAAGGGCCACAUAUAGCCUAUUCCUAAAGGUAGGGAAAGCCUAAGAGAAAACUGCCAAACAUAACAGUGGAGGAGAGCCAAAACUGAGACCAAUGGAAGAAGAAAGGAGUGAAUGAAAGACAGAUGCACCCACACUGAUUUGUUCCUGUUCUUUCCAUUUUUAUUUCAGACCUCCAUACACAUUUCGUUUAUCCCAGAGUAUUUUCCGUCAGACCCCGGUAUGAUCAGAGAUUUUUGAUACCAGCUCUCAAAGUGGGUUUAUUUUUAAUCCAGGAUAAAACCCGAAAGAACAGGAACAAAGUCUGGCACUUGCUGGCAAGAGCAUCUCCUGCUUUUCUUGACUGCCUGGUAGGCAGAGAGGAGUAGCAACGUUGACAAGACAGAAAAAAGGGGGGCUCAGUGAAUUGUACUUGAAGGAAUAUGGCCCUGAACCAAAGGUUCCACCACCCCUCCCUCAAAGACAUCCAGUUUUUCCCUCGCUGGAGGGAAUGUUUCUCCUCAGAUGGUGCUUUGUCACCUUGUUUUUAUAAGUGCUUAUAUAAAAAUAAAAAUUUA